GCUCCGUGGCGCCGCGACGCUCUCUAGUUUGAGUUGUUUUUCAGUUGAGUCCUUCGACUUCGUGUCGUGGUGUGUCGUAGCAUUGAUACUGAGAAGACUUCUUCCUGUAUGUUUAUCCAAAUAUCCAAUGCCAUUGUCAUUGUAUUUGAAAAUGAUAAUGAAGAUUACCCAUAAAAAUUUGAAAGGCGUAAAACUUUAGGAGUUGAAACAACCUUAAGGAAUAUUUUACUUUAAAACAUACUGUGGACCACAGGUGAGAGUCAAUGGCUAAUGUGAAGGGACUUCUUCCUUCAAGCUCGUCAGACAGCAGUUCCGACAGUGAAGCUGGCAAGCAGUUAAAAAGAAAAAAGCAAGUUACUCCAGAACAACCUAGAAAGAAGCAAAAGGCUGGUGAGACUUCAAGAGCUCUGUCAUCUCCUGAGCACGGCCACAGCAGCAGCAAAAACAUGUUCCCCGGUGGGGAAGGAAGGUAUUUCAUGCAUGGGGUUUGUAAGGAAGGAGAUAACUGUUGCUGCUCACGUGAUGGCUCCAACAGUCCCCACCAUGCAGUAUGCAAGUGUUUCCAGCAAGGGUACUGUGUUUGUGGAGACCGCUGCAGAUGCGAGCACAGCAAGCCCCUGAAACAGGACGACGCAGCUGCUGCAGAUGUAACCGUAAGACCGUCCCUCGUUGCUGCCUCAAGUCUUUUCCCCAUUGUUGCUGGACCACUUGUGGAGAGGAGAAUGGGCAAAGCUGAGUCCAAAACUGUGAACUUCCCAGCCAUAGGCCCAGGUUCCAAGGACUGGGCAAAUGCUGUUGAGUUUGUGCCUGGGCAGCCCUACCGUGGUCGCAUCGCCCCUGCCUGCUCAGAAGCCUCUGCACAGGAAUUGGUGCCCAAGGCCGAGUCGCAAAAGGAGCCCGCUGCGGUGGAGGCCAAACAGCAGGUCUGCCCCUACGCUGCUGUGGGAGAAUGCUGCAACAAGGAGAACUGCAUGUAUCUGCAUGGCGAUGCCUGUGACAUGUGUGGGCUACAGGUCCUGCACCCGACAGAUCCAGCCCAGAGGUCCCAGCACAUAAAGUCUUGCAUUGAGGCCCACGAGAAGGAUAUGGAGCUGUCCUUUGCUGUGCAGCGCAGCAAAGACAUGAUGUGUGACAUCUGCAUGGAGGUGGUGUAUGAGAAAGCCAGACCCAGCGAGCGUCGCUUUGGUAUCCUCUCCAACUGCAAUCACACCUACUGUCUCAAGUGUAUCCGCGAGUGGAGGAGUGCUAAGCAGUUUGACAGCAAGAUCAUAAAGUCCUGCCCUGAAUGCCGGAUCACAUCUAACUUUGUCAUUCCAAGUGAGUACUGGGUGGAAGAGAAAGAAGAAAAGCAGAAACUCAUUCGGAAAUACCAGGAGGCAAUGAGCAACAAGGUAUGCAGGUAUUUUGAUGAAGGCCGUGGGAGCUGCCCAUUUGGAAGAAACUGUUUUUAUAAGCACGCAUACCCCGGGGACUCUGAGGGGCAUGAAGAGGAGCCACAGAGACGGACAGUGCCAACACCAACUGAUAAACCGGUUGGGGGCAAUGAGCUGACUGACUCUGAGGAUGAGUGGGACUUGUUUGGCAGUGAGCUGAGUGACCAUGGGUUGGACCCAUACAUAGCAGUUUUGCAUGGCACGCAGGAAUGGCCUGCUGAGCAUCAGGCAGUAGCUAUCCCAGUGGCAGUUCAUGGCUCUCUUAGGCUGGCCUCUCAAUUCCAGUGCUGUGGUGGCCACUAAACGGGGUCUGCUCUCCACCCCACUUCUCCAUAGUGUGUCGUCUCUGUUUCAAAAAGUUGUAAAAAUAAAUCUUCAAGUCAGAAAAUAAACAAACCAUAUUGUCCUCAGGAGGCAAAUACGAUAAUGUUGGAAGGGGAACCAGUCUGUAUCCUAUGCUGUUCGGGUUUUUUUGUUCUUUUCUGUUCCUGGAGUCUCAUUAUGAAUUUUUGUGUAUUUGAUAGGUGUGACUAAGACAGCAUGAACUUUACCCCGACAUGCACCCCUGUCUACAGAAAGUAAGACAUUUGUUUUAUUUUUGACUUGUUAAAAAAUCAAGACUUUUGUAACCUUAGAUCAAGUUGGCAUAAAAGUUAAGAGAGUUGAAAACACUUCCUAAAUCUUUUUUUUUUUUUCUUUUUGAGAUAGGAUUUCACUGUGUUCAAGUAGGCUGGCCUUGAACUCCAUUUGUAGCCCACACUGGCCUCAAACACUCAAGUGAUCCUUCUGCCUCAGCCUCUUGAGUGCUGGGAUUAUAGGCAUGCGCCACCACACCAAGCCCUAAAUCUUGAUUUGAACUAUAUUGUGUCUCAUUUCUGUAUUAUCCAGAAUUUAAUACUGGGGACUCAUUCAAGCCGGGAAUGGUAGCACAUGUCUGUAAGUAAUCCCAGUACUUGGGAGGCUGAGUCAGGAAAAUUGCCACAAGUUCAAAAGCAGCCCGGAUUCUAUUAGGGAGACCAUGUCUCAAACCAGGUAUGGUGGUACAUACGUGUAGUCCCAGAAUUUGGGAGGCUGAGGCAAGAGGGUCAGUAUAAAUUCAAGGCCAGCCUGAACCACAUAGUGAGAUCCUGUCUCAAAAAAAAAAAAAAACUUCAAAGUCUAAAACAAAACCCCCCAAAGCAGGAUUUAUUCAGUGUGACAGGAUUGGGCACAGGGCCAGUAGAUUGUGGCUUACAGAGAACAGCCCGUACCAAGCAGGACUUUCGUUGGUGAUUCUGCUAAAUUUGCUGACACCUCAUGUUUAUUGGUGCCUCAGCUCUCAUCUGCAGCAACAGAAGUACUUCAUGGUUGAUGCAUUAGUCUAUUGCCCAGUGUUGUUAAAAGACAGCCCCUCUAAAAAUAAGAAACAUUAAAUAAGAUAGAGUUUUUUUCUCUAGUCAGACUUUAUUGGCACAUUUUAGACAUUCAUAAUGAUCACAUUCAUCAUAGAGAAUUUGUACCUGUACAUGAUACAACUUGGUUCUUUUUCCCAUUCCCUUCAACACCUCCCUUCCGCAUUUACAAAAGCUUCAUUUCAGUUUUCCUUUUUUUUUUUUACUUUCCAUUCUCCCUCGCCCUCCCUUACUCCCCAUUUGAACAUUUUCUUCCUAUUCACAAGUAACAUAGUAUUUCUAUCAUAAGCUUUUUCCUUUUGAUUUGUAAUGUUGGAGAUUCAAUCUAGAUCCUUGUGCCUGCCAAGUGCACACUCUACCACUAAGACCAAAAGGCUUUCAAUAAAGAAAAAUGUUGGUUUUUUUCCCCUUCAUCCUGCUUGAGUCCCCCCACAAAUAAUUGAACUUGAGUCUUUCAUGCACGUGCUGUACCAGAGUUACAUCCCAGCAUGAGAAUAAGAAUAAAUGUUAAUAUCUUUGUGUUUGCUUACUUAAGAGGGACUGCAUAUAUUAACUACAUUCAUUGAUUACAAGUAGCUCUGGGCUUCUAGUAUAAAAUUUUUCCACUCCAGUGUUGCGUUUGUUGCAUUGUAAAGUGCAGACAGCUGAACUGGAUUGCUUUUCACUGGCUUCUCUACUUUUCAUUGUGUUACCUUAAGUCUCUUGUUUGCUUUAGCAAGCAAAACAAAAAUGCAGCCUUGGAUCUGAACCUUGCCGUUUUUAUCAAUUAGUCCUAGUCUUCUAUAUAUUUUAUCAUUUAGUCUUUUGCUGUAUGUUUUGUAGUACGAAAUGUUACUAUGUGAUAUGAAUUUAUACUAAUUUUGAAGUGAUCUUUUUAGUUUCUUAACAUGAAUUUUGAAUCAUUUUAAAUCUUGAUACCACUGUGUAACAUCAGAUUUUCAAUAUGUGCGAGGACCUUAAUUAUAAACACUUUGAGAUAAAAACCCUGUGUAUAAAAAAAGUAUAACAUUUUAUACAUGUUAGAGAAUUCAAUGAAUAAAUCCUGUCUAAUUUCCAAUAAACUAAUAGUUACUUCAAAA